AAAAUGAUUCACAGCUUACUCUCAAGCAAGCACUCGAUUCGAUCAAUAAAGAUCUCAAACGAAUUGCAAAACAUGGCUCUGAUGCAAAAUGUAGAGAAAAAGCAGAGUCUAUAAUCGUCAACUGGAAGAAGCUGAACAACUCUUGGUUGUUUGGUUAUGAACUCUUGGUUCCUGCAAAGCCGUUCCACUCUUGGUCGAUCGGUGAUGAACUCUUGCAUGAAAACAACGUUAUUAUUAUUGCUAUUGACACUAGCAGCGAACAUUUAAUUAAAGACAAAAUCGACCGCAAAUUGCUAAACAUUCCAUUUUCUGAAAAUAUAUAUUGCCUAGGAAUGGACAAGAAAUAUAGCAGGAUGCAAGAGCUGAAUUUCGAACGUGAUAUCCUAAUGGCCGAGCAACAUAAUGAGGUUAUAAGAACAGCAGUCGUUCGAGAUCAAGCUGAAGUUCCCCAGGAAGAACGAGAUGAAUUAGACAACCAAAGGGAAGGUGAUGAAAAGAACAAAACAUCGAAUAAAAGGAAAGAUUGUGAAGAAGAGGAAGAAUGUAGCAGUAUAUUGUUUGAUGAAAAAAAUGAAGACUCCCUUAUAGAAAGCAUCGAUGAAAGCAGGUUAAUAAGUGAAACGAGGCUACCGAUCUCAAAAAUAUCUGAUAAUAUAUCCGAAUACAAACUGUCAAACGGUAGCGACUUAUUAACCAUGUUUAAAAAAUAUCAAAAGAGUAUCCCAAAGUGCCGUCGAGUUACUACCAUAUUGGGGUAUAUUGGAUCUAAUUCGAGAGAGUCUGAAUGGAUGCAAAGAAUUUUCAGAGAAAGAUAUUCACAAGACUUUUCAAAUACUAUUUCUUGGGAUCCAAAGUCGGCAUCGAAUUAUCUUCAAGAAUAUUUUAAUAAGAACUGUGAAGAAAUUCAUCAAAUAAAGGACAUAAAAAAACUUCACACAAACAUCCAAUUUAUGUAA